AGAUAAACCCCAGCCACUCCUUUCAAAAUUCAUUUAAUUUCCAAAAGCCAAAAAGUAAGGAAAAGGCAAACUUACUUUUCUUUUUAUUUUCCUUUUGGGUCAUUGCCGGUUGCACUCUCCUUUUCUUCUUUUUUUUUUUUUUUCUUUUAUUUCUACGUCAAUGGCCCCAUUGAAAAGUCUCCUCCAUUUUAAGUAAAAUCUCUUAAUUUUCAAAACAAAUCCCAAAGGCAGGGACUUUUUGAAAAUUAAAACUAAUUUUACUUUACCUUCUUCAACCUCCAUGGGCCAUCUUCACCGACUUUCCCCUUCCAUUUCACUUUACUUUACCGCCGGCUGCACUCUUCCUUUGCUUGUUUGUCCAGAUCUGCUCGGUGGUCCCCCCGGAGAUUCUUCUUGCUUCACAGGUCUGUCCGGCUUGUGUCCGGUGGCUCCCACUGCCGAACAACCUUCCCUUGCCAAGAUCAUCUCCAUGGCUCAUAAUCGAGAAGAACAGUCCAUGCCAACCGGAUCUGCUCCCAUGGCCGGUCCAAAGGCCAUUCAUUGCUUAAGACCACCUCCACCAGAGUUGAUUAAACUCUUCCAAGACCAAAAUCUUCAAGAUGAUAUGAACAGGAUACUCCAAAAACAGAAGCCAUGCCAUUCAAACCAAACUUUUGUUCCGCACAAAAAAUCUAAGAUUUUGGGCCCUUAUUUUGUGUCUCAUCCGCCGGCCCCUCUUGCCUCCAUUUACCCACAGCCCAAAGAACAUCUUCUCCCCUUCCAGGUAAAACCUGACUGGAAUAAAUGGAUUGGCUCUUUUGGUGCUUGGCCGGUUUGGAGAAAAUCAGAAUGGACUGACUGGAUAAACCGUCUGGAACCUGCUUUCGGUCAAAUUUGGAGAGAUGCAGGCUUGUUUGAAUUUAUACAACUCACCAAAUGCAGAUUCACCAUGGACAAGCCGGUCUUGGGUGCAGCUUUGUUAUUUUGGUCUGGCUCUUUCAAUUGUUUCCAUUUUCCCUGUGGAGCCAUGUCUGUGAGCCUUUUUGAUGUCAGCUCGUUAACCGGAUUGCCCUGUACUGGAGAAGAAAUUUCAGCAUUGUUAACCCUGCCUCCAGGCGUUGAGUACAAUGCGGAGUUGAAGCCCUCUUAUCCAGCUUUCAUGAGUUCUGCCUAUGAUAAAAGUAAGCCUGUCAGUGCUGAUGAGCAUAUUUCAUUUUUGCUUACUUUGAUUGGCAAAUAUAUAGUCUGCUCUGCUGGUAAAGGUCCCACUAAAGAGUUUAUUCCUUGGCGGAGUUGCCAAGAUAUCACGGCUCACCCCGUCAUUAGUGGUGGGCCGCUUUGGGUUUUGCAGUUGUGGUUGUAUUCUUAUUUUCCAGCCCUAGCUCCUGUCUCAUCCGCUGUUCCAGCCCGGGAUCUACUCACUUACGGCUUCAUGUUCAAGAAUGCCGUGGAGAACGAGAAGAACUUCGAGGAGUGCCUCAAGGCCGAUGUCAGUUCCCCAGAUUUCAGAGCGUUUUGGUCUGUUUGUGUAACCUACCGGGAUUUGUUUGUUGGCUGUAGUUUGAACACUCUCAACUCCAGAUGUGGCAUGGAGCUUUAUGCACCGAACCAAUUCUGUCGGCAGUUAGGGUACUGCCAAGACAUACCAUUCCCGCCACUAUUUACCUUCAACUACAGCUAUCCUCUUCGGUUUAUAAUUGGAGAUUCAAAGAUUUUGGUUACCAAACUAGCUGACAUCUCCAAAACUCUGCAGACACUGAUCCUACCAGACCCUCCAUUCAGACCAAGCUGCACUUCCUCUUACAAGAGUUGGUGGCGGGACUACUUCCAUCCUCGGUUUCUUGAUGUUAUGGAGAAUAUUUUUGUUCUGGCCCCUCCACAACUUACCAAAAAAUCUGAAGGGAAGAAAGUUGUAAAAGAGAAUGAGGACCUGGAAUCUGUCAUGGCCGCCCAGAUCAGCCAGCCAGAUCUGCCAAGGAGAGUUCACAAACUUCAAGUCAAAAGGAAAUUUGCCACUCCUGCAGAUUCCAUGGAAGAAGAUACCCCCUCCAAGCAGCGAAGAACCGGAGGGAUCAAGAGGUCAGCAAUAAAACCAUCUGCAGCCAAGAAACUUAUCAAAUCUGCCUCUCCCUCGGGGUCCUCUUCUGCCACGGAAACCGAGACGCAACUUGACAAAACAAAAGAUGUUCCCCUCGGUCCUGCUGCCAUGAAAGCUCCUGUGGAGGACAUACCUACUGAGGGUGAUGGAAGCAAUUCUGGCUCCUCUCACACCAAAUCUGGCGAUGGUUCUUCACCCGCCACCAAGAGUGUUGCUGCUGAUGUGCCCAUGAUUGAUGAUGAUUUGGAGAAUGAACUCCUUGCUCAGCUGGACAUGUUGAUGGAUACUCAUGCUAAAUCUGAAUCUGCCACAGAUAGUAAAGGGAAGGCAGUUGCUGAAGAAGUGGAUUUUGAUAUCAACCUUCCUACUCAGGAGCAGAUUAGUUUUGCGAUUAUGACCAUGCAAGAGCUCCUUGGUGGUGAUCCUUCCCAUUUCUGCAAAGUGCCGGACCAGCCAGCCGCUUUUGAAGUGGCUCAAAUCCUUAGCCGAGCCCCACAAUUAUCAUCAACUCAACAAAAAUUCUGGGCAGACUUCACCUCCAUUUAUACGCACUUCAGCAAGAAAUUCCGGGUGCUUGAAAGCAAAGUAGCGGCUGCAGAUUUUGUCAGGAAGUCUGUAGUGGAUAGCACUGUUGCUGUCUUCAAGAAGAAAGAAGAAUUCUUGGCAGCAAAGGAGGCUCAUGUCACGCAAAUUACACAUGUCCAAGGGCUCAAAGAAAAAAUCUCUAACCUUGAAGCCGAGCUUUCGGAGUUGAGAAACCAAGUUCCUCUUGCGGAGCAAAGUGAGAAGAAUUUGGCAAAACAAAGAAACAAGCUCCGCAUGGACAUGGAAAUUGGUUUGAAAUCUACUGCCAAGAUCAAGGAGCAGUUACCUUCUUUCACAGCCUCUGCAGAUGAAGCCGCCGAAGAAAUAAAGAACAUGAGAGAAGAAUGGAGUUCAUGGCAAAAUAACCUUUGUUGAUUUUUCUCUUAUGUAUCUUCUUGUCUCUUUGUUGGCUGAUGUUGCCCAUUGUCAUGUUUGAACAUACUGUUUGUGGCCUAUUGGCCAUGCAAACUUCUUUUCAAUGUUGAUCUCUUUCUUGGCUCAUAUUCUGGAAAUCUGCUUGCUGUACUUUUGUUCAUACUUUGGUACAGGUUGAAAUCUGUC